CCUCCACACACAACCUAGCCAUGAAUCCUCAAAGCCCUAAAACCAGUGCUCCUUGCACCUUGCCAGUGGAGCCGGCUGCUGCUGUUGUUCCCAACGAAGCAGUGGCGACCGAUAAAGCUCCGCCGCCGCCAACGGCCAACACGGUGAUAAUCCGGGAGCAGGACCGGCUGAUGCCCGUGGCCAACGUGUCCCGCAUCAUGCGCCAAGUGCUGCCUCCCUACGCCAAGAUCUCCGACGACGCCAAGGAGGUGAUCCAGGAGUGCGUGUCCGAGUUCAUCAGCUUCGUCACCGGCGAGGCCAACGAGCGGUGCCACACCGAGCGCCGCAAGACCGUCGCCUCCGAGGACAUCGUGUGGGCCUUGAACCGCCUCGGCUUCGACGACUACGUCGCGCCCGUCGGCACCUUCCUCCAGCGCAUGCGCGAGAGCGAGGCCGGCGGCGAAGAGCGCGGCCCAGGGCGUGGCGGCGGCUCGCGCCGCGGCUCGUCCGUGGUCACGCUCACGCUGCCGGUCAACGGCGGUGCGCAGCUGACGAUGCACCACCCUGCCGCCGUCAGCCGGCAUCCGCACCAAGGUGUGUCGCCUGCUGCAGGUUACGCCGUCCGGCCCGUUCCCCGCCCGGCGGCGGUUCCAUCUGCCAAUGGGGCGGUGGCGGCGCCGCACUUCGGCGGCCGGUCGUACCAGAUGUACGGCGGCAACCACCGCCCUGUGGUUCCCUGCUACCACGGAGGAGGAGGAGCGGCGUUCGUCGACGCCGGUGGAAGCCAACACGUUGGAUUCCACGACGACGAGGCUAGCUCUUCGACUGAAAAUCCACCGGCGGGGCGUCCUGGCUCGCACUAGCCAAGAGCUAGCUAGUUUCCGCGCGUGUAUAAUAAGAGGAGAGGCGGCCAGAGGCAGAUGCAUGCACGAUCGAGAUCUCUCGUGCUGCAGGCUGGCCGGUGCACGCGCCGCCUUGCCGAACUCCGUCGCCCGUCGUCGUCGCCGGCGUGGACUAGACCUGUUUGUUAGUUCUCCAGUACCGUUUUCGUUUUCUCCCAUCAUUUACCAUGUUUCUUCGAGACACUUUUUGCUAAUCUUCUGAUGCUUGAGUUUUCGAUUCUCUUGAGGCGAUAUCGUAUCCAUCCCUUGCUUGA